ACAACAGCUGACAAUUGUCGAUAAUCCAGCUUUCAAUUUGUUUUGACGUUUAGUUGACGAAAUUAUGUGGACAUAGGUACACGUGAAAUUCAAGAAUAUUCUAUUCAGUGUGGUUUUAAAUGAAUUAAUUCCGAUCAGUGUUACGUACGAUUUUGUAAUGGCCAAUAAUUCAUCGUUCGACCGGCUUAAAGAACUAAAUUUGUCUCGCGAUGAAGUGAACCGACUUGGAGAAGCUUUGAAAAAAGAGGAAUUCCGAAAGCUUUUGCUUGAUUAUGUGGAGGAAAUCCAGGACCCAGCAAACCGGAAAAAAUAUGAGGACGAGGUAAAGCAAAUUGAGAGAGAACGAGGUCAGGAAGUCACGUUUUUACAUCCAACCCCAGGCUAUGUUGUAAAAACUAGCAUCAAUGGCAACCAAAAAGGCUUUAUCAAUAUUUGCUCUAACGAUCACAUAAAUAAACCUUCUUCUUCUGCAAACAUAAAAGACGGAGCCAGAGGUCUUCAAUGGUCCUUGCCUCACUCGCUAUCGCCUCCCCACGAAGACAUGGACAAUAAGGGCAACCGCUGUCAAGUCUUUGAUGUACUUUUUCACCCUGAGACUUUGCAUUUAGCCAGUAAAAAUCAGGAAUUUUGUUCUAUGGUCAAUAAUAUAGCGCUGACAGCCAUAGAAAAAAACUUCAAUGUUAUUUUGGACAAGAAGAAUCUAAAAUUCCCUAAAAUUAGCUUUAAGGGCAUGAAACGAGCAAGCCUACUGAGAAAACCUAGUAAAGACAAACCUCAAGAACACACAGCCGAACAACAAGAAUUCUAUGAUAAAAUUUACGCAGAAAUUGAUUCUAAACGCAACCUGAAAAGCCCCACUAAAAAAAAUCCAACAACAAGUAAUGACGAUAAUAAUUCAGUUUAUACUAAACCAAAAUACUUGAUAAAACACCGCUCUAGUAUAGAUAUGGCAAACUUUACCGAACAUAAAAAUGCAAAAAUAAAUGCAGCCAUCCCUGAAGAACUUGUUGUUGAAAUUAAUCUUCCCCUACUCAAAUGUUCUGCCGAUAUCGAUUUGGAUGUUACUGAGAAAACUGUCCAACUUGUUACUGAAAAACCUGCAAAGUAUAAAUUGGAUUUGACCCUGCCUUAUAAGGUGAAUGAAAUUAGUGGCAGUGCAAAAUUUGAUAAAGAUUCGAAAAAGUUGAUUAUUUCCUUGCCUGUUAAAAGGCAAUGUUUUUAUGAGGCUUAUAGUGAAAUUGAGAGUUGUGUUGAAGAAAAUGAUUUGACUGCUCCUGAGUCUGCCGAUGAUGAGAAUGACCUAUUAGAAUCAAGUGAUCCUAAUAGUUCCAGUUUUCUUCAUUCCGAUGAUAUGUAUCAUGUACCUGAAUUUACUUGUAACGUAUUCAAUGAUGUUGUUGCAUUUACGUUUCACAUCAAAAAUGUAGAUGAGAGUAGUGUCAGUAAAGUUACCUCAUCAACUUUUGUUAACGUGAAAUUCACCAGCGUCAGCUCCACUUAUUAUACCACUUGCUACUCAUUUUAUGUGAAAUUUCCCCAACACGAAAUUAUCGAAGAAGAUGUUAACAUUGAAACAUGGGACAAAAAUGUUGUUUUGCAAAUUCCAUUGAAGGCUAGUGAGAAGAAAUUUGUGUCGUAUUUGUAUGGUGGAAGUGAGUACGAUUUGAGCGAGAAAUUUAUUGAAGAACCUGCUGUUAUUUGCAAAGUUGCCGGGAAAAAUGGAAACCUACAAGAAACUAUUACUUGCCAUGAGUCAAGUGGCGAUGAGCCCAGCACCAGCAGUUUUUCACUAAACAAAAAGAUGUCAAGUGGAAGUUUAUCUGAAUCCAGCUUCAACGAUGAUCUGUGCUUUUCUCAUGAAAAUUAUGGCAUUGGCAAUAUCUACUGUGUUCCUGAAGAAGAUGAAGAGUUGGCUUGUAGUUUGAAGAAAACUGUCAGAUUUCCGCAUUGAUGAAGUAAGUUGGCAGUUGGAAUAAUCCUUUCGCGAAAUUAAACGCAAAUUAUUCUCAAUUCUCAAUAAUUGAUACUUUUAUUCAAAUGAGAAACAUUGUUGCAAUAAUAAAUUAUUAUACAUAUAUUGUUACUUAUUUUUUUGUAUGAAAUUAUUUGCAUAGAGACAGU